AUGCUAAAAAAUAUUAAUUUGUCAUUGAGCUAAAUUGAGGAGUUGACAAAGGACGAAUAGAAGGAUCAAUCAACUAAGGUCAAAGUCGAAAAAAAGAUUGAAAAAAGAUUGGGAUCAACAAACAAAGAUGAAUCUGCAAAUGUUUAACUUAAAAUCGAUAAGAGAAUAGGCUCAGCCAAACCCAAGGAUUCACUUUAGUAAUAUACCAAUACAAAAAUCAAAAAUAUUUACUAGUUUUUAGAAAAUGUUGAAUCUGACUCAUCUUAAGUGAGUUAGCAAACUUAAUAAUAACCAGUAAGAAGCAUCGAAGCCAUUGAGAAGGAACAUGAAUACCAAUCAAAAAUUUAAUAAUUGCAUGGGUUAGUCUAAACGCAAAAAAUUGAAUUGGAUGAAUAACAGAAAACUAUUGAUAAUUUAAAAUAGUUACUUGAAAAAUCAUAAGCAAAAUUGAAAGAGUCAGAGUCGAACUUUAAAGAAACCAUCAAUCGUCGAUUAAAUGAACAGAAGGCGGAAUUAGAGGUUGUAAUUAAUAGACAUCUUGGAUUCAUAGAUCAGUUGAUCAAUGAUAAGAAAGAACUUAAUAAUUAGGUGGAAUAGUUGACUACUGAGUUGAAGGGAAUCGAUAAGCAAUAGAAGAGACAAUUGGAAGAAUUGAAGAAUAAUUUUGCCAGAGAAAUAAAACAAAAAUAUGAGUAAUGGCAAAUACAGGAAAAAUAGAAACGAGAAAAAUGGGAGAAAGAGAAGUUGGCUGAAUUGAAAGAAUAAACAAUCAAAGGUUUGGAGCCUGAGUUGAAUAGAAUGAUAGAGAAGAAUAAAUUAGAAAUUAAGAGAAUUGAAGAAAAAUGUUAAAAAGAAAAAGAACUCUAUAAAAUAUAAGUAGUUGAUGAGUCAGAGAUGAAACUUUAAUUAUUUAAAGAGAAGUGGGCUGCUGAAUAUGAGUUGUUGCAAUAGAAAGAUAGAGAAGCCUAAUUAAUUAAAUAAAAAGAAUUAUAUAGAACAUAUGAGGAUUAGUUUGCUAAAGAAAGAGAUUCCUACAAACUAAGAAUGCAAUAGGAUAUUGAAGAUUGUGAAAGAAGAAGAAAAGAAGAAGCAGACACGUAUGUGAAGAGGAUGAAAUAACUUUCAGAUUCUCAGGCCGAAGAGAUUAGACGUAUAAAGAGUGAUUGCCAAAGAGAAAUUGAUGAGUACAAGGAGAAGUACUUCAAUAUGGAAAGCGAAGUGAAAGAAGCGUUGAGGGGUGACCAAGAAGCCUGGAAAUAACAAUUUACAAUAAGGGCAGAGGCGGAUAUGAAUAGAUAGAUUGAGAAGAUUCAAAGGAAGCUUGAAUAGGAUAGAAACGAUAAGAUUGAAAAGAUAGUAUAGAAAUUGGCUGAAGAGAAAUAAUAAUAUGAAUAGAAUGUCCAAUUGAAAUACGAUAAGAAAUUAAGAGACCAAUAGGCAAGCAAGGAUGAAGAGAUUAAGUAAUUGAAGAAGUAAAUUAAGGCUUUGGAAGAUCGGGAAAAUAAGGAAGGUAGUGAAUAUUAGGUAGUUCAAAAGUCCAAUCAGGAUUUGUAAAGGUUGAUAGAGAAAUAGGAGUAAGAAAACCAGAAACAGUAUAAGGAGUACAAAAAGUUGAAAGAGGAAAUGCUUGUAUACAAGGAGAAAUUAACUUAAUUUAAGGAGGAGUAAUAGUUGGAAGUCAAGGGAAUAAAGGAGUCACAUGAAAGAGAAAAGAAUCGGCUUACUGAAUAGAAUAAUAAGUUAUAAGGGGAAUUGGCUAAUUAAAAAUAAAUAUUGGAGGAAACAUUGAGAGAAUUGGAUAUCAAGCAUUCAUAAAAUUUGGAAGAUAUAGAAGAAAACGUAAAGAGAAUUAUUUUGAAGAAGGAUCAUGAGAUCAAAUAAUUGAAAGAAGAAUUGAGAAUGAAGUAAUUGGCAUGUGAAAAGUAUGACGAAUUAUUGAAGAAAUAAAGGUAGGAUUUACUAAGAUAAGUCGAAUAAUGA